AUGGCAGAAUCUCAGCUCCAAAUGCGAAAGCUAUGGCAGCCUCAGGACCCCAAAGCGAGUGUGGCAUAUCAAUUUAUGCAAGAUGCCAACCGGAAGCAUCAUCGCCAGAUGCAGACUUGGGAGGACCUCCAUGCCUGGUCAGUCGACCAUCGAUCAGAAUUCUGGGGAGAAUUGUUCGAACAGUACCCGUUGAUCCACUCGGGAAAGUAUAGCAGAGUCGUCGACGAGGCAGCCCGAAUGGAUUCAAUUCCCGCCUGGUUCGAAGGUGUGAAAUUGAAUUUCGCUGAGAAUAUCCUCUACUGGGCAGACGACAAGGACCCAAGUAUAGCUACGACCCACCGGAAACGAGACGACGCCAUAGCAUGCACUGAGGUUCGAGAAGGCUGUACUGAAAUCCGCGGUAUUACAUGGCGAGAAGUCCGAGAGCGAACAGCACUGCUGGCGAAUGCCAUGCGUGCACGUGGUGUAAGGAAGGGUGAUCGAGUCGCUGUAGUCGCCUCGAACUCACUGGACACAUUAGUCGUCUUCUACGCUACGACAGCGGUAGGAGGCAUUUUCAGCAGCUCCUCCACGGACAUGGGCACAAAAGGUAUUCUCGAUCGACUGCGGCAAGUUACGCCGAAGUAUGUCUUCAUGGACGACUGGGCAAUCUACAACGGACGCUCGAUCGAUCUUCGACCGAAGAUGUGUGAGAUUGAAGUAGGUCUCCGCGACGUCAAGGACGUACAGGGUCUUGUCAGUAUGCCACGAUGGCAGAAUAAACCUGUCGACAUCUCCUCGGUACCCAAAUGUGAGAAUCUCGCCGCCUUCCUGUCGGCUGGCAAAGGUGACAAGACACCCCGCUGGGAACGCAUUGACUUUCGCGACCCGUUCAUCAUUGUCUACAGCAGCGGCACGACCGGAAUGCCGAAGUGUAUUGUCCAUUCGGCAGGCGGCGUAUUGAUAAACUCCAAGAAAGAAGGCAAUUUGCAUCGUGAUGCUCUGGCUCACGAUCCUGAGGAGAGUUGCACCCUCCAGUAUACCACCACAGGCUGGAUAAUGUACCUCACUAGCUGCAUGACCAUGCUUCAUGGCGCUCGCGCGAUCUUGUACGAUGGCUCACCUUUCCAGCCAGAUCUGAAAGCAUUCAUCAAGCUUGUCGGUGAUCAAAAGGUGACUGAUCUGGGCAUCUCACCUCGAUAUAUGCAGACACUGGCUACUGCGCACCCGCCCAUCAUACCCCGCGAUAUCGCAGAUCUCUCAAAGCUCAGACGAGUGACAAGUACAGGUAUGGUGCUUUCCGAAGCACAAUUCAAUUAUUUCUACGAUCACGCCUUCCCGCCACAUGUACAACUAGGAAACAUCAGUGGCGGCACAGAUCUAGCUGCUUGCUUCACCAUGGACACCACGAUGAAGCCACUGUAUUGCGGUGGUACAAUGGCCCCGGCACUUGGGAUGAAGGUGGAAGUCUACGACCAAACCGUCGAGGGUGGUAAGGGUGUGAAAGGUAAGCCAGUACCAGUCGGAGAGUCAGGAGAACUCGUUUGUACUCGUGCGUUUCCGACGAUGCCUAUCAAGUUCUGGGACGACCCUAAUGGCGAAAAGUACUUCAAUGCGUACUAUGCUCGCUUCGACGAUGUCUGGACACACGGCGACUUCAUCUCGAUCCACCCACAGAACGGCCAGGUCUACCUUCAUGGCCGAGCUGACGGCGUCUUGAACCCAAGCGGUGUCCGUUUCGGGAGUGCAGAGGUCUAUAAUAGUCUCGACGCCUCGUUUCCAGAAGUGAUACAAGAUAGCAUCUGUGUUGGACAACGCCGAGCACAGGAUAUGGACGAGAACGUCAUGCUGUUCUUGCUCAUGAAGCCUGGUAAGAAGUUCACUCCUGAGCUGGUAAAGAGAGUCAAGGACGCCAUUGCCCGGGAUGUGGGACGACGAUGUGUACCUAAGUACGUCUUCGAGACCCCGGAGAUACCCACGACUAUCAACCUGAAGAAGGUGGAGUUACCUGUCAAGCAGAUUGUGUCGGGCAAAAAAAUCAAGGCAUCUGAUACCUUGGCAAACAAGAAGUGUCUGGACUUUUACUAUCAGUUUGCUGAGGUGGAGAAGGUGGUGCAGCCGAAGAGCAAGCUGUGA